AUGUCGGUAAGUAAUCGUACGGCACCCGGUCUCGACAGAAUAAGACCAGAACACCUGAAGAGCCUUCCGCCAGUACUCAUCAACACCCUGGCGAGGCUCUUUACACGUUAUCUGUCGGAAUGCAAGGUUCCUAAACAGUGGAAGACCAGCAAGACCGUGUUGUUGUAUAAAAAGGGAGAUCCACAUCCCUCGGCGGAUCGACCUCGGCAACUAUCGUCCAAUCUGCCUAUUGACGAAGGACAGCCAUGCGAGCAAGCAGGGUUUCGAAAAGGAUUCAGCACGAUUGACCACAUUCACACUGUUUCGAAACUCAUCGAGGUAUCACGAGAGUACAAGAUGCCGCUCUCUCUCACCUUUAUCGACUUGAAGAAGGCCUUCGACUCAGUUGAGGCGGAAGCGGUCGUGGAAGCCCUGGACAACCAAGGCGUCCCUACUCAGUACAUAAAGGGUGAUACAAUUUCACCCAAAAUAUUCACAGCCACCGUCGAGAACGCAAUGCGAAAGUUGGAAUGGGACGACAUGGGAGUGAAAGUUGAUGGUCGGCAGCUACACCAUUUGCGCUUUGCUGAUGACAUCGUACUGAUAACACCUAGCAUCAGCCAAGCGGAACGAAUGCUGACCGAAUUCGACGAAAAAUGUGGAUGCAUGGGUCUUCAGCUGAACCUACAAAAAACAAUGUUCAUGCGGAGCGGAUGGGUCUCGGAUGCCCCAUUCACGCUCAACGGAACGAACAUAUCCGAAUGCACCAGCUACGUUUAUCUGGGUCGGGAACUGAACAUGAUGAACGACCUGACCCCCGAGCUGGGCAGGAGGAGACGAGCGGCUUGGGGAGCGUAUAAAAGCAUCGAGGAUGUAGUGAAGAAGACCAGGAUCACCUGGCUCCGUGCUCACCUCUUCAACACCACCGUACUUCCUGCUUUGACCUAUGCUUCGCAAACCUGGGCAUUUCGCAAGCAGGAAGAAAAUGCGGUGGGCGUCAUUGAACGCGCAAUUGAGAGAGUGAUGCUAAGAGUAUCCCGUUUCGAGCAAGUGAGGGACGGGAUUCGAAGUUCUCUCCUACAUCAGCGAUCGAAGAUUAGAGACGCCGCCGCGUUUGCCAAGGAAAGUAAAAUAAGGUGGGUCGGACACGUGAUGCGCUUUAAUGACAACCGUUGGACCAGAGCCGUGAGCGACUGGGUUCCCCGCGAUAUUAAGCGCACUACAGGAAGACCGCCAACACGAUGGUCAGAUUUCUUCACGAAGUCCUUCAAAAAGAGUAUGAUGCUCUUCGUGUCCCACGCGAAAGGAGGAACCACUGGACUACUCUGGCACGCGAGCGGGGCAAAUGGAAGAAUUACUGGCGCCCGCUCGACCAGUUUGAAGAUCAACGGGAGUCAAGGUGAUCAAGGUGAUGUUCACGUCGAAAAGCGUAUAUCUUUUCGGCAAAUUACCUCGGACUCAGCCUCGCUACUGUUUAGCCGCAGAUAA